GGAAAGGAAGCUUCGACGAAUUCAAUUCGAGCAGCGCAUCGCAUCGCAUCGCACCGCAUGCUGUCUCCGCGUGCACCUGCCCCUCUUCCUCGCCGCCGCCUCCUCUCUAUAUCAGCGCCGUCUCCAGGCAGAAUCGGCAUCGGCAACAGCGACGGUAUCAGCUUCAGCAGAGGGGAGGAGAAGAAGCGCCGCCGCAUUUCUUGGACGAGGAGCGCGGCUACUCCGGCGGACAUGGCGACCGACAGCGGCAGCGCCCUGACGAAGCUGGCGCCGCUGGAAGCCAUCCUCUUCGACAUCGACGGCACCCUCUGCGACUCCGACCCCAUCCACUUCUGCGCCUUCCGCGAGCUCCUGCAGCAGAUCGGUUUCAACGGCGGUGUUCCCAUCACCGAGGAGUUCUACAGCGCCAACAUCAGCGGGGGCCACAAUGACCACCUCGCCCGAUCUCUGUUCCCGGACAUGGACCACGAGAAGGCUAUGCAGUUCAUGGACGACAAGGAAGCGUUGUUCAGAAAGUUGGCACCAGGACAGUUGAAGGCCGUGGAUGGGCUGCACGACCUCUGCAAGUGGAUCGAAGGCCGCAACCUGAAGCGCGCGGCGGUGACGAACGCUCCCAGGGCGAACGCCGAGCUGAUGCUGUCGCUGCUCGGCCUCGCCGACUUCUUCCCCGUGCUCAUCAUCGGCAGCGAGUGCGACCGGGCCAAGCCCUUCCCGGACCCCUACCUCAAGGCCCUCGAGCUCAUCGGCGCAUCGCCUGACCACACCUUCAUAUUCGAAGACUCCGCAUCAGGGAUCCGAGCUGGUGUGGCUGCAGGCGUGCCUGUGGUUGGCCUGACGACUAGGAACCCUGGGAAGGCGCUCAACGAUGCAGGAGCGAGCUUGCUGAUCAAAGAUUUCCAGGACCCGAAGCUGCUGUCCAUGCUGGAAGAGCUCAAACCCGCGACGGCGAAUGGGCGCGUCUGAUUGGUAAUUGCAGUCAUAAUAAGAAUGUCAUGCUGGGCAAUUACCACUACAGAAUAACUCUGAAUCCUGGGCUGGAACCUGGAAAUGAGCAUGGAUCUGUGCAGAAGUUGGUGCCUGCUGUAGUGGUUCUUAGCAUGCAGCUGACAUUUAUGGGGAAGCUCCUGCUCCAACAUGUUAUCACCUUAUUUCGCAACCAUUUUUUAAUAAUGUAUGAGUCUAAAGGCUGUAUGUCAUUUAAUUUAAGGGGGACCUCAUGUACUAAACACUAAUGCCCUAUUUGGAGGAUGGAAUAGUUCCUAAGGAAUAUGGAAAAUUUAUUCCAUUCAGAUCA